AGGCAGUAAUGGCACUUGGCAGUAUAGCUUAGAGCUUUAGCCUGACCAGAUGGACGAAAAAAAACAUUUCACUCCUUGCUCCACUCCAGCUGUCACUGUCACUGCAAGCCGCUCGAUUCAAUUCAAGGUUCGCGGGUAUAAUUAACCUGUAAUUAACAGCCCGCGCAUAGCGCUACAAAACGCAAUGUGGCAAAGUCCCGGUUUUAACGAAGAAUUACUUAAAAGAUAUGGGUGCCUCAAAGAUAUAUACAAUGCUAUGCGAAGCAAUGACUUAGCCGAUGUUGUUUAUACAGCCUUAGACGUAAUAAAGAAGAUAGGUAGCGUGCCACUAUUGAUAAGUGAAAAAAAGUCUGAUGCUAAGUCAACAGAGUUUCGAAAGCUGGGUAACCAGGCUUAUAAGAAAAAGAAAUACCACGAGGCGCUCGUAUUGUAUAAUAAGGCUCUAAAAUAUGCCCCAAACAAGUCCAAUGCAAUGAAAUUAGCAUUUAGUAACAGAUCUGCUCUUUUUAUAACAGUGAAGGCUUACUCAGCGUGUAUAGAAGAUCUUGAUACUUGUUUCAAGAUGGGCUGUCCCCCGGAGAUCGAGUCUAAGCUGAACAAUAGAUUUAGAGAAGCUUUUGAAUACAUAGGGACGGAGGAUCGGCUCCCUGUUCAAAAAUUUGCUAAUGGGUAUUUUGAAAUGUUGUAUGAGCCACAUAAUCCACAGAUAUCUUGUGCUACAAUGGAUGUUGGGGUUAUAAUGGAGGACAACUGCCCUAAAAUAGUUGCCGCAAGAGAUGUCAAAGUGGGGACAGUACUAGCAGUUGAACCAGCCUUUGUAGUCAAUAUGAACUCGGAAAACAUACACAUAGCUUGUUACAAUUGCCAAAAACUUGAAUAUAACUUGAUUCCAUGCGAAGGAUGCUGCCACGUCAUGUUUUGUGACACAGACUGUAUGAAACAAUGUAUGAACCAGUAUCACUCAGUAGAAUGUAAGAUUAUAGACCUUUUUGAGUCAACAGGAUGUACUGUGGAAUGUACAGAGAAAAUCAGAUUGGCUAUUAAAGCUGCAAUCAAAAUGAAAUUUCAAAGCUCAUGGAACAAGUUAAUCGAUGAUUCAAAAGUCUAUGGCAUGGAGCGAAUAAAGAAUAGUUCUAUAAAUGAAAUUUACGACUUCCGGGAGCACUUAUCACUGCUAUCUUUUAAAGAGAACAGGGGCUUUAUUUAUGGAGCGAUGUAUAAUGCUAGUUUUGUUCUAGCAGCGGUACUCUACUACAUGGCUAAGACAAAUUUCUUGCCGUAUGAUUAUAAUGAAAGACAGGAAGCUAUCAAGUGUUUGGGUAGGAUUAUGAUGUAUCUCACAUUAUUUGGGAGUCCUACUAUAAUACGUGACGCUGCUUCAAUUAACAACUCUUCAAAGAUUGAGUUGCAUGAUUGGGAGAACUUUGGAUUGUUCCCGCUGGUGGGCAAGUUGAGGAACUCCUGCAGGGCGAACACACUGACAGUGGGGUUGAAUGAAAAGGUGGCACUUGUUGCCAUGGAGCCCAUUCCUCGAGGAACAGAGAUUACCAUUACUUACCUAGGUCACUGGCUAGACAAAGAAAGACACUGCAACUUGGUAAGAAACCGAAACAUGUACGUCCUCUACACCUCCGUCUGCAACUGCAUCAUCUGCUCCGGCGACUGGGAAAACCAAUGUGACAUCCUCACGGCCACACAGCUAGCCUGCUAUAAAAAACUUAAAUUCCAAGAGAUUGAUUUCAAUAAGAUAUCAAAACCUUAUAAGAAUCUAUGUAAGACAUUAUCAGAGUUACAUACUGUGCCUUUUUCUGAAGAGUAUACUAAAGUAUAUAAGUCUUUGCGUACGUGUAUUUUAUAUUUGCAGCACGUAAACACAGAUAAUGUGGUGUUAGAGAAAGCGCGGGCGAAAGACACGUCCGCCCAUGUCCCAUGAUGUCAUGUAUAUGAAUGAUUUGUAGUGCUAGACUAAAUGUUGAUUAUUACACAGUACCUAAUUGCA